CUUUGAGCCUCCUCACCCGGGGGCCGCUCGGCAGAGUCCCGUCCCAAGGCCUAAACCCCCCAUUUGGACGGUGGAAACCGUGAGGGAAUCAGUGGAGGCCCCCGAGCCUGAGGGAGGCCGCCAGUACGGCCUGGCCCGCCCCGGCCCCCGGUCCGCCCUUCGGCUGACUGGGACACAACGCGUCUCUCCUUGCUGCCUCUUCUUCUCCGUCCUUGCCCGCAGUUGGGCUGGGUGCCCUGGGCCUGCCAGGCCUCCCAAGGGGAUAACGGGCCUCCCUGAGCAAGGGUUACGUGAUGCUGGGCUGAGUCUGAGCAGGGUGGGUCCCAAUAGGGCGUUAAAACUGGCCCAGAGGAAUGCGUGUGAGGCUGCUGGUCCCCUUGGCCGAGUCGGUGGGGAUGUUUUGCUGGUAGCGGAGCUCUGGUUUGAAAGCUAUUUUGUACUUAACCCUGUCUGAGAUCACCGAGGAUAGGUCUUUGUGUUUGGGAGGGAGUUUAAGCUGGAAAUCCGAGCAGCAGCAUUUACAGUGCGGCAUGUCAUCCUGAGGGAAAAACGUGGGUCUGUUCCUAGCCUUUGGUGUAUUUUCCUUGAGUGUUAAUGCUGACAGGGGAUUUGGGAACAAGUGGCAAAAGAGCUGACUCUGUUCAUUUGACCGGGGCAAAAUGGUGGAAGGAGUUCUGGGUCAUUCUCAUCCAGGGUAUGAGUCCUAAGGGUUUGUCUUGCAGGAAACAGGUGAAAGCUAAUUAGAUACAUUAAAUUUAUAAACCAUACAAAGACAAUGCACUAGUUAGCUAAACCAAUUUCUAAAUUGCUGUUUCAGCUCUUAAUCUUGUCUAGAGAAAGUUCACCAGAUGUUCUGGUUCUGUCUGAAUUGCCCAUGUGAUCACAGAAUUCCCAUAAAAGGAGCUGCAUGUUGAUUUUUCUAAAGUCAGGGCAGUGCUCUGCAUGUCUAGGAAAGUCCUUUGAAUGCUGUUUAGGAGUUUGUGAAAUUGGGGUAAGGAUACUUAAAUUAUGGUUUUAUUACGCCUAAGUAAAAGCUGAUAAAGCAAUUCGGUAUUGCAUGUGAGGAAGGUGCAAGUUAUCACCACAAAUGCAAACCUACUAUUGUCCCAUACAGCCUGGGUUUGCAGGAGGAAUGUCCUAAAAUACAAGUGAACUGGAAUUUUUCUGCAUCUGUUUUUGUCUGGUACAUAUUUCUGUCACCAGUAGGUGGCUUUCUACCCAUUCGUAUGCCUUGUUACUAUCUCAAACACCAGCACGAAAGCGCAGCACUCGGUUUGAAAUGGCCUCAAAGUAGAAAGUCUGAGGCAUAAUUACAGUACUUUAAUCUCCUGGACUACCUGAACAAAGAAGGGUUCAGUCUACCAAAAGCACGAUGAGUACUGAGAAGAUAGUAAUGUUCAUAGUAUGGAUUCAUAAAUUGUCCUGAACAGCCAGAUAAUCUUACCUAACAAAUUACAAUGUCUGUGCUUAGGGAUGUACUGAACAUAGUUAGCUUCCACCGUAUAGCCCUGCUCGUGUGCCCAAAAUGCUCAUUUUAAUGGCUCCUGAUUAAAAAAACCAAACCAAAAAACCAACAACAAAGUCCUGUGUCCUACCAAAAGGCUCAGAAGCUCUAAGGCAACAGGUAGCUUGUAGCUUCAACGUGGUAAUAGAUGUUGAUACGCUUCUGGAUGAGGGCUAGGGCUGAAUUAAAGAAUCAGGAGGAUGUAGGUCUGUGGUUUGGUUCUCACUUACAAGCCUGUGGCACUCUGAACGGUGCUGUCUGCCUAUGGCUUCCUGGCCUGGGGAUUACCAGGGUCUUCCAGAGUGUCCACUGGAGCUGUUUCCAUAGCCAUACGAUCAACAAUAGGCUGAUCUCACAAGUAGCGUAGGAAAUGCUACAUCUCCUUUACGUGUCCAGAGAUUCUUGAUUCUCUGGUGUUGGGUUGGAUUCACAUAUGAGGAGCUUUGUCAUGGGACAUGGGUGUAGAGCUGCAUCCUAACCAACCUGAGAAACAUUGAGAAUCUCAACAGGACCUGCCCCAACCUUUACAUGAAGGGGCUCGGGUCUAGGAUGGAUAGGAGCGAUGUAAAUAAAUAAUGGUUUUGCAUAAACUUCAACAUCCUGCUCUUAUAUGAGUCUGUGUUCUUUACUUGCCAUUUAGGUGACAGGUACAGCUCAACAGCAGCCGACGUACUGUUUGGGAGGUAUCCUUGAGCAUUACAGUAUUGACAGCUUGGUAUGUUUGCGUUCAUGAGUACUUUUUGAGUUCAGUCCAUGUCAGUUGUGGUAAGUUUGGGCUCCUGACAUGCCACAGAUAAGGAACUGUUCCUUGCUGACGUCUCUUGGGCUUUUUAUCUCUCUGAGUUUUUAUUCCUGCCCCCCCACACCUCCUUUUCUAUUCGUUUGAGGUUACUGGAACAGUUUUAUAGAAAAAAAUACUAAUGUGUUUGUGCGUAGUUCACAAUGCCUUCUAAAUACCGCAACUUCCGAAAUAAUGUGCCGUGGCUAAUCCUUUUUCUGGAAGCUGUUUUCAUUGUCCUCUUUUUCUUCUCAACUGGUGAUGCAUCCUCAUCAAGCAUCUCCUACCCAGUUUUUCAAGAUGUCAACCACAUGGUGAUUUUUGGAUUUGGCUUUUUCCUGACAUUUCUGAAAAGAUACGGAUUUAGCAGCACUGGAUUCAACCUUCUCAUCAUUGUACUUGGUGUCCAAUGCUCCGUGCUGAUAGAAGGUUUAUUAGCUUUCCUUCUUCAAAGCGAAAACGAAGAUGGUCUGAAAAGAAUAACAAAGGCUACUGUGAGUAUGACAGCUGUGGCCAUCUCCACUGGAGCUGUUCUUGGGAAGACUAAUCCUAUGCAGUUAAUUCUGAUGACAGUUGUGGAGAUAAUGUUUUUCCGUAUGAGCAGAUGGAUCAACAACAUGUUCCUGCAGGUUCCAGACAAUAUCAGCUUGAUGCAUGUUCACCUGUUUGGAGCCUACUUCAGUCUGGCAGUCUCCUCACGCUUCUCUGAGCCAUCACCAAGCUCUAAGAAGAAUGCGAGUACCUCAAAGUCAGAUUUAUUCUCAAUGUUGGGCACUCUCUUUCUCUGGGUGUUCUGGCCAAGCUUCAAUUCUGUACUAGUUGUGGACAACAAGACGAAAGCAAUCUGCAACACCUACUUCGCCCUUGCAGUGAGUGCUGUAACUGCCUUCAUGUUGUCUGUUCUGACCACAAAGGACGGAAAAUUCAGAAUGACUCAUAUCCACAGUGCAGUGCUAGCUGGUGGGAUCACUGUUACUUAUACAGCACACAGUAUCGAGUAUCCUUGGAUUGCAAUGAUUUUGGGUCUGCUCUCCAGUGUGAUAGCCGUAUUAGGAUCUUACUGUUUAGAGAGAUGCUUGACUCCUGCUCUCAAGAUUCAUGAUACCUCUGGAGUUCAUUUCACUUUUGGCUUGCCUGCUGUGCUUGGAGCCCUUGCCCACGUUGUUCUCUUAGUAAUAAGAGACUGGACUAAUUCACCAAGACUGGGUUAUUUGGUCAUGAUUCGUAUUGGUGCCUUCUGCCUGACCAUCAGUGUUGCCCUGGUAGCAGGUUUUAUUACAGGUUUAAUCUUAAACCUCAAACUGUUUAAGACCAUCCCCGUAUCAAAGUACUUCGAAGACCAGUUUUAUUGGGAGUUUCCCCAUUUGGCUGUUGGAUUUUGAAUGGAGGAACCCAGAUGACAGAUUUGACCAAGAUAAGCUUUUCUUAUUUGUCCCCAGAGAAAACAAAUAAUAGCUAUGCUGGGCUGAAAGAGCACUUCGGUAUCAAUUCUCAGGCUCCGAAAAGCCAUCCCAAUGGACACACACAAAAAUUAGUAAUAAACUGUUCUAGUUAUUCUUGAAAGGUACAGGGUGUAAAUUUACAGAUGCAAUCUUACAGUGUAUUUUGCUUUUCCGCUUUGUGAGUCUUACCUUAAGUAUUUUAUUGUAGGAUAUGUACAAAAACCUUGGCUGUAUUCAUUACUAUAAUGGCUUAUCAAUCAAAAGGCUUGGAAACAUUAAGCUCCCAAGUUUAAAAGCCAAAAUAUGUAUUUUAAAGUAUAAUUUUUCAAGGAGUACGUACUCAUUCUUAUCUAGUGAAGUGUUAAAGUACUUGUUUUUAAGCUAAAUUAAUUCUGUUGAAAGCCUUGUUAAGCAAGGACUUGAUGAGUGAGCUGGAUCAGGGCCAGAACUCUGCAUCUUGCCAGACUGAACUCCGAGUUAUCUGACUGCUUAAAGAAAAAUCUGUAAUUCCUUGGCUCGGGCUACCUCUUUGGAAGUUCAAAUGGCAAGAAGUUAAAUUGUUCUGCUUGUGGACGCUGCCCCUGACAUCAAUCAUAUUACUGGUAUUUAAGACUCGGCAGCAAACCUCAGAACAGCCUGUCUGGGCAGGGACAGCCCGCACCACUGCGGGGUCAGGGUGCAGACGACUGGAGAGGCCGAGGGAACAGUCCUUGGUACCGCAUUUCUGGAGUGUCUUUGCUCGGAGACAAGCUGGCAUGGGAGCUAGGGCCUGAUGAGGCAGAGGAUUCUGUGCCAACAAACCUCUGUUUUUAAAUGGAUUGCAAUCCUCAGUGUUUCUUCUUUGUUUCAAACUAGUUGACAUAGAAAAACUCUUUCAAAAAUGCUUACAUAAUAAAAAAAUCAAAGCGUGA